UGACGUCGAUAUGAGAUCUACACUUGGACUGGUAUUGCUCCUCAUUGUUUCUCAAGGUGUGAGUAAGCGUUGUGAUGGCAGAAAAGAAGGGGCUCAGUGUUACGGACAACUGGAUGGAGAAAUAGAAAUUAAAUUGAUGGACAUAGUCCCAAACAAUUUUUACUGGUAUAGAGAAAAACAAGUGUAUUAUAGAUGGAGGAAUGGCCGUGCGUCGAAUCUUUUUGCACGACUUUCAAAACUUAGCUUCACCCCAAUCAAUGGGACAAUGAAGAUGGUAAACCUGACGAGCACUGAUAGUGGCAACUAUUCUCUUAGAAUCUUUGACGACAACGGACGUUCAGUUAAGGAAUGGACAAUACAGCUCUUCAUUGAAGCUCCUGUUGCCACCAUCCAUCUGGUCCUAAAGAUUCUGUCCAACGGAGAACAGCUGGUGUAUUGUUCCUCCAAAAGAGGGGAUAACCUUCAAUACAGGUGGAGUCUGAACCAAAAACCAUUGCAGGACACGGAUUUAGUUCAUGGACAUGUUCAGGCAAGCAACAUCACUCUGAAACGACACAUCUCAGGACAGCUUGUCUGCGCUGUUCGAAAUAACGUCAGUGAAAACCAGGAAGGAGUUUAUUUGUGUUGUGAUUUGGGGCUGAUCAUUCGUACCGUUGUUUUAUCGCUGAUCAUAUUCAUAGUGAUCGGAGUUGUGAUUUACAUUCUGAAGAGAUGCAACAAGACACAUGAAGCAUCAACAACUGCACAUCCUGCUUUUUUCCCCUACCACAAGGUGUCCCACAAGGAUCAGAACUCGUCCCCCUUCUCUUGAUCAUUUACAUCCUCCUCCUUGGUCAGAUCACCCGUAAGCAUGGACUACAAUUUCAUUUCUACGCAGACGGCAUCCAAAUCUAUAUCUCCACAAAAUCAUCUCGGACGCCGCUCUAUCUACACUUCACAACUUUCUAAGUGAAAUUAAAUCCUAGAUGCAAGCAAACUUCAACAUCUUCAACUUAACAGCGAGAGAUCGGACAUGAUCAUCAUUGACCCUGCAGCUCACAUCAAAGUCAGUUUUCCUCUCUUUCAACAGCUGUACCCUGUCUCUCAACACAUUGCCGCAACCUGUGCGUGCAACAAACAACCCUGGACUCAGUUGUCCAUUUAAUUGUCUGACAGAAUAAUGUAAUCAGCAUGGGUAGUUACCCCUGAUUGGUUUCAAUGCACGUUUUCUGGACCAAUUAAAAAAAAAAAAGAACAACUUGUUAAAUGAAUGCGAUUAAAAAGGACAAUGCAAAAGAAAACUAAUCAAAUCUUUAAUAGAAAGAACAGAGCUGAAGAACCUUAUUUAAUUUUAUUUGCUCUGAUGGGGAGGUUCAGAACAUCUUCCAUGUUAAUGUGUACAU